UUAGGGCUCGGCGAGGUAAGAUGGCGGCGCCAGAAGAACAGGAAUUAUCUCAGGCUCAAACUGAAAAACUCCUCCAGUUUCAGGACCUGACAGGCUUGGAGUCAAUGGACCAAUGUCGGCGCACAUUAGAACAGCACAAUUGGAACAUUGAGGCUGCAGUACAAGACAGACUAAAUGAGCAAGAAGGAGUUCCGAGUGUGUUCAACCCGCCGCCCGCCAGACCGUUGCAGGUCAACACAACAGACCACAGAGUGUAUAGCUAUAUUGUCUCAAGGCCACAGCCUAGAGGCUUAUUAGGUUGGAGUUACUACUUGAUAAUGCUUCCCUUCAGGUUUACGUAUUAUACACUUCUGGAUGUAUUCAGGUUUGCCCUGAGAUUCAUUCGGCCAGAUCCAAGGGGUCGUGUCACAGAUCCUGUUGGAGAUGUCAUGUCCUUUAUUCAUAGUUUUGAGGAGAAAUAUGGUAGAUCGCAUCCUGUUUUCUACCAGGGAACAUAUAGUCAGGCUCUGAAUGAUGCCAAGCGAGAACUUCGCUACUUGUUAGUUUAUCUUCAUGGAGAUGAUCACCAGGACACAGAUGAGUUCUGCCGAGCCACAUUAUGUUCAGAAGAGGUACUGACCUUCGUUAACACAAGGAUGCUGUUUUGGGCAUGUUCCACCAGCAAGCCGGAGGGUUACAGAGUCUCUCAGGCCCUGCGUGAGAACACCUAUCCCUUCCUGGCUAUGAUCAUGCUGAAGGACCGCAAAAUGACAGUUGUUGGAAGACUGGAGGGGCUGAUCCAGCCUGAGGAUCUUAUCAACCAGCUGAACUUCAUCAUGGAGGCAAACCAGACAUAUCUCAUGUCAGAGCAACUGGAGAGGGAAGAGAGGAAUCAGACGCAGGUACUGAGGCAGCAGCAGGAUGAAGCUUACCUGGAGUCCCUCCGUGCAGACCAGGAAAAAGACAGAAAGAAAAGAGAAGAACAAGAGCAGAAACGCCAAGAGGAGGAGAAGGCACGCCAGAGCAUACUCGCAGAGGAGAGGAGACUGAGAACACUGGAAGAAGAGAAGGAGCGCAAGUCUGAGUGUCUUCCCCCUGAGCCGCCCUCGGACGACCCUGACAGUGUCAAAAUAGUGUUCAAAUUGCCCAACGACACUCGCGUGGAACGGAGAUUCCUCUUCAGCCAGUCUUUGACGGUAAUACACGACUUCCUGUUUUCAUUGAAAGAGACCCCUGAGAAAUUCCAAAUAGUAACGAAUUUCCCACGCCGGGUCCUGCCUUGCCUGCCGACGGAAGAGCAGCCCAAUCCCCCCACUCUGAAGGAAGCCGGUCUGAGCCGGUCAGAAGUCCUCUUUGUGCAGGACCUCACAGACGAUUGACAUUUAGCUUUGCUAACCCUCUGCUCACGAGUCGAGUCCCGCCUCCCCUCCAGUUUGUUCGAUGGCCUGGACAAGGGAUCACUGAAAGAAACCUUUUACUGAAUUUAAAAAAAAAAAAAAGAAUAAUAAUAUCCCAUCCUUCCCUGCAGUGAAGUUUUGUUCUGUAAAAUGAGUGCAAGGUGAACAGCCCUGUAAAUAUAUGACUUAGAUAUUUAAGGACAAGCCUGGAAGCCACAACAGAGUUAUCUUUUUCUUUUCUUUUUGUUUUUUUAUGCAAAUCAAAGUCGACCAUAUAAUUGUAUCUCAUCUAAUGACCAAAAGAGAGGUUGUCAGCAAAGGAUCCGAUGGGCUGCUUGUGGUUCAGAUAAGAAAACAAAAGGCCACAACCUUUCCAUGUGGCUUUGUAUAUAUAGAGUAUAGUGCAAGUCUGCCCAUAGUGUGCCUGUGGUAAUUCAUAGAUGCCUAUGUUACCUGUCGUCCAUCUGAUGGGUCUGGUCAUGUAAAGAUGUCAUUUUCCAAUUCUAAAUUAAACAUUUUAAAAUGUUGUUGUGGUUUUACUAACAAUGUUCUGGUUCAACUUUAACGUUGCAGCCUGCUGCACAAACCUGAAGCCAUGGCGAUUUUAAUAUUUUUGUAGGUAUGUGGAAAUAAAAUAUGGUGCUGAAUAAUGGCUUAAACCAUUCAUUGUACAAUUUUCUAAAGUAAUUGGAGAGGUAGUAACUCAGAUUACUUUGUUUUAUAGCAUUAAGUCUGUUUCAAUGUGAGUCUGAACUAUUAGGGUGAAUCUCACAAAGUUGGUCAAAAGAUGGGUUACAUUUAACCCCCAAAUCAAAAGAGAGUCUAUUGACGCCAUUACGGUUUUCUUUUUGCAUUGUGACUUUUUCUUUGUAGACAAUUUCUCCAUUAAUCAUAGAUGCAUGUACCAUAUAAAUCAUCCAAUCAAAAAGGUAGUAUUUCUUGUGCUGCCUUUAUUCUGAUUUGAAUCAACAAAUUGUGUACAGACUGAAGAUUUAUAUUACUGUAUCACAGUAAUGAUGUGCUCAAUAUUGAGAAUGUAAAUUGCCCAUGUCUCAAUGCAAAAAAACAAAACAA